AUGAAACAAAGACCAAAGUCCUCGUAAGUCUUCCCCCUUUUAGAUUCUAACUUCUGCUAGACCGAGGAAGAAAUCAAUAAACUAAUGACCAGUGAAAGUUUCACACCCCUCUAAAAAGCACUGCAUAUAAUGAAGAAGGGAUAUGAAGUAUAAAAGAAAUCAAAUUCAAUCGAGUAUUGGGACGAUGAUUUUCAAAUGGAGUGCGGCAUGUCAGUGAAGCGCUCGGUAGAGAAAAAACAAUAUGAAGCUUGGAUUAAAACAUUUCCAGCAUUAUGUUAAAAAAUGAGUCCUAAGUGCUUAAAGAAUACUGUAUUGCCUAAGCUAUAGGAAAUGCUUGACUCUAAAACUCUGCCCAAACGUAAAAAAAGAGCAGGGGAAAUGAUUGGAAUUUUAGUUGGUGUAAGUAUAUCAAAGCAGAUGACGAUCGCGCUUAAAAAUGUUUUGAAAAAUAAUAUAUCAAAAGAAGUAUUCCAAAAAUAUUUUUAUGAAGAGCUACAUGAAUUAAUUAAUGAUGAAGAUCUACUAGUAAGAAUAGAGGCAUUAGAUGUCGCUGUUGAAAUUAUGUAACAAAAAUAUGAUUCUGAUUAAAUAGAAAGAGAUCUGCUACCAUCUUUUAUAAAGCAUCUCGAAAUUGAAUAAGAAGAGGAAUGCGAUAUCAAAAUGUCAUUUUUAUUCGGCCGUUUCUUGUUUAACCUACCGUUGGAAAAGCAAAGAAAAUAAAAUGCAAAAGCAUUCAUAAACUUUUUCAAUCGCAUUUAGGAGACAUAUAUUAACCUAUUAAAGCAUAGCCAUAAUAAUCUAAAAGUCCAAUUAGCCUUGGCAUAAAAUAUAGGCAAUUCACUUGGGACAUUUUUAAGAGCGUUUUCAACAGAAUUACUUAAUGUCGGUUGUACUUUUGAAACUUUUAUAGAUAGCACUUUAAAAAAUGAAAAUGCUGGAGAUCUUGUAGAGAUUUACCAGCUGAUUAAAGAAAUGGUAGAAGAAGUAAUGAAGCUAAACGAGACACUUGUGAAAGAAUAAAAGAACUGGAGAGAGCAUUCCAGGUUUUACUAAGAGCUUGCAAAGAUUGUUGAUAUUAUACCAGUUACAAUGAUAUAUGAGUUUUUUGACAGUUUUAUUCCCCCAAUAUAUGAAAUAAUGAAAAAGGGUUCUGAUUAACUUAAGAAGUCUUCAUCUUUGCUUGGAAUGACAUUAAUAUUUUAUCUUCCAAAUACUGUUAAACGCAGGGAGAAUAUUGAUUACAUUAUUGGUGAAUUCUCAAACACAAAAUCAUCUGUAUUAAGGAAGUCUUUUAUAGAUUUUUGUAACAGUGCUCUAUAAGUUUGCUCUAUGCUAUUUGUAAAGACUUACUUUAUGAAGGAGAUUCUAUCUCUUGCAAUGGAUGUUUCACCUCCAGUCAGAAUUAAGUUCUUAUAACAUCUCGUACCAAACCUUAAUUCUACAUUAGGAUAACUAGAACAGCCUUUUGUUAUUGAACUAAUUCAAAUAGUUGAUAAGUGUAAAUCAGAUAAGAAUAGAAUUAUCAGUGAUGUUGCAUAUGAGCUUGAUGAAAAGCUUACAUUUAAUAAAGCAAUUAACAAAGAGAAAAUGAGAGAAAUCGAAUAAAGAGAAAAUAAUUUGAGGAGGGUUGAGGUUAUGAUAAAGGAAAGAGAGAAGUUUGAAAUAGAGGAGGAAGAAAGGCGCAAAAAGGAAGAAGAAGAGGAAAAAUUUGAUAUUGCAGCUUUACUUGCUAAAGUUAAGCUUACAAAAAAUAAGGGUGGUUUCGGCUUUAACACGAAACACCAUUUUACAACAAUGGGUAAAAUAGAUAUUGCCAAGAGACAGAUACAGCACCGCCAUUCAUUCACAGCCACAGGAUCAUCUAAAAAAGCAAUAGUAAAUGUUGCCGCUGAACGCCGAACUACCAUGACCAAUAGUAAUUCUACUACUACCACCGCCGCCUAAUAAAAGCUUCCCAAAAAACUAUAAUCAAGUGAUAAUUAUUUUGGAGACACUAAAAAGAUGGGUCUGAUGAAUGGCUGCAGCACUCCCUAGAGUUCAACAAAUACAGUAAUGAGCUUUUCUGAAAAGGUAAUAGGAGGCAAGAGUGAAGAUUCUAAAACGAGCUCUGGCAAAAGAGUGUGA